UCAAUAUGAAUUACUCCCUGGUUUCUAAGCUGUUUAUAUAAGCGACAGUCCGUUUACCCCUAUUUGUUCCGUGAGCGAAGGCACAACACCCUCCGAAACGUUCUUCGAGCAUGGUUUUGACGUAAUUAUUGCCCCGCCCAAUCGAAGAGAUGUUCUAUUGGAACUGAGAGGCGUGGCUAACACAGCUUUACGCAUUCUCUCAACGAGGCCGGAGUGAAGAGCGCCGUUGUUUUCGUUCGGAGCCAGAGGAGGCGGGUCACGACCUCAGGCAGAGGCAAUCGAAUACCACUGCCGUCAGGAGCGUGACGUCGGGCGGCGGCGGGCCUUUUGAAACAGCGGCAGCGCGGGGAGAGUCGGUGUGAGGAAAAAGGCCUACCUGAACGCUGCCAGGAUGGAACCGCGGGAGGAACUGAGGGAUGCGGCUGGCUGCAAGGCUGCUGCUUCUUCUUUCAAUGGCACCUUUGAAGAAACGGCAGGAGAAGCCCGAAGGGUUGUCAGUGAGGAGAUAACGCCGGACCUAGUCACGCUCUUUCGAGUAAGACAACAAAUAAACCAACAUCUUAUGGAAUAUAAUACAACAAUUAAUGCAAAUGAAGAGAGCAUUCCGGAUCAAGUUAUCGAUGAAAAGAUUAUUGAGUGUUCCGUAGAAGAUCUGGAAAGAGAAAUGGAAGAAGUGAAAGUGUCACACCAAAACAAAACCUUGGCAUUACAGAGGAUCCAAGUAACUGAUGCCCUUAGAACCAAACUGAGGAACAAUGAUGAUGACUCCAAGUUGAUCUGGGACACUAUCAAACACAUAAUGAUGCUCAGUACUGCAAUACUUAAAUUGCAGCAGCAAUCUCGUGAUCUGGAAGAAAAACUGAAUGAAGUUAAGCAGAGCAGACUGACACUAAAACGGGCUGGGGAAUGCAAACUGGCACAAAUACAUGAUAUGAAGAGAAAAAGAAAAGAGGAACUAGACAAUAUGGAAGUGGGUGAAUUGUUGAAGAAGGUUCGUAAAAAUCUCAAACAGGAAAUUCAGAUGACAACAUUAAUUCAAAACAUUUUCCAGAAUCUCAUUAUUGGAAGUGGAGUAAAUUGGGCAAAGGAUCCGGCUUUGAAGGCAGUUGUUCUGCAACUGGAGAAAAAUGUGGCUGGAAUCUGAAGAAGCAGCAAUACCUGAAGAUUACAUUUUCUGUGAUUUGCUAAUUCAGAGGAGAAUAAGUAGUCUGAGUUGUAACAAAUGAGGUAUGUUCUCAGAAUCAGAUAUCUGUACAAUGACACUUAUUGUACUGAUGCACAUAUGGACUUAGGAACUUAAAAGGGAACUUCCUGCUGUAAAAUACACUCUGUAUUGUAAGAAUUGUUGCAAUUUUAUGUAAGGAGCUAUUAAUAUAGAUUUUUGUGACUACAAUAUUAUCUCAAUUUCUAGAGAAGUUAUUGUUUGUUGCCUUAUGAUGAAGCCAGAGCACUUGGCUUGCUGUUUCCCAUUUCGUACUAGUUUCACAGACGUGAUUUUUCUUUACAGUUUGAUUUGCACUGCCACAUGAAUUUACAAUAACAUUUUUGUAUAUGCCAGUGAGAAGCAGCUUAGUGUUUUUGGUAAACAUACUCGUGAUUAUUUUUCACUACAAUGCUGUUUAUGUUCUGUAUUUCAAAAUACUGUUCAGUUAGAUGUAUAGGUAGAAUAACUUGCUGCUGCUGUUAUUGUAAUGCCAUCACUAUAUAUAUGUAAUAUGGUACCUUUUUUGUUCCAUAGAUAAAAAUAGAUGGGUACCUGCCUUCAAGACACAUUCUAGAAUAUUGAAGAAUGUAAUAAAAGGAAAUGGCAGAGGUUGGGGAAUCUUAGUGCAGCACCGUAGUAGUGUAAAUUUGUUCUACAAUUUAAUACUAUGCCUUGGUAUUGAUAGUGCUUGUAAUAAAAUAAAAGCAUUGUGUGUUGUA